GCUGAAAGAUGUACAAUGCCCAAAGUUUCAGCCUGUCUCUGUUCACAACAAGCUACAAGUCCAUCAGCAGAGGGUGUUAGGACAGACCCACUGAAGCCUGCACAGCCAGAGUUUGUAGAAUCUAGAGAAGACUUCAAAUGGGUAGAGAGGUUGAUACCGAGACACCAGAUUCCUCCCAUCCCUGAACAUCCCAACUACCCAACACCAUGUGGCUGGGUACCACCCAGGGAUCCUCCCCCAGAUCUCCCGUACUCUGUUCGGAGAUCUCGCUUCUGCCACAUCCCAGUGUACCAGAGGUUCAGGAAGGGGGGAUCACGCAAACAAACCGUCAUCGCACACAUUGAAGGAGACAUAUGGGCUUUGGAAAAGGAGCUGGAAAAGUUUUUACCUGCCAUCAUUGGUAGAAAUCCCGCCAUACAAGUCAACGAGGUCGCCAGAAAAAUCGUUGUCAAAGGUCUGGUAAUGGAGGAGGUGAAGAAGUGGCUGUUAGAGAAGGGCUUCUAAAUCACUGCUGUAAACUGUGGGGGAUCAGAAUGGACUACCAUAAAAUAUGAUGAACACUGAUAUCAGAAGUUUGGUAUGUUAUAUAAAGAAACUGUAAGGAAAAGAUGCAGGUCACCAUUUGAUGCAAUAGAAAGUGAAAUUAGCUAUGGAAUGAGCUACCACAGAGAUUCCUAAAUAAAUACCAAGUUUGGAAAAGGUACGGGGCUGGCUCAUCCUCUCUACUCUGUACCCUGAUGAACACAUUUGCCAUUUAACAAUACAACAUGUACAUACAUUGCAAGACUGCUGAUUCUGGACAUUAUUCUAAAUGCUAUGUACAGUGUGAACAAGUACAUAACACUACCACAUCUACAAACAACAGAUGACCAUUAACUGUAUCUAGGAUUGAGUUUACAGUAGAUCAGCUGUGAAAAUUCCAUCCCAUGCCUUAAAGCUCUUGUUAAGUGUUUAACUUGUCCCUGUUGAAUCUUCUGCAUGCAUGUAUUGUUUUAAGAUUUUUAGAAUUAAUUUUUUAAUGUCAAUCUACCAAACCCCAUUUGUAUUCUUUCUACAGCAAAAACACACAUCACAUUGGUUAUCUACUUCCUUCACCAAGCUGUAAAGAUAUACAUGUACAUGUAUCUCACCUUGGUUGGUAUAAAAGAUUU